AAUUAAUUCGAAGUAUGUUCAAAAUACAUUGCUGAUAGCAUGUUGGCUCCGAACGUUCGGCAUCCUAAAGAAGUCACAGUUAGAGGUUAGUUUGCCAAAUUUUUUUUACAAAACUUAUAAGUAUACAAGGCUGAGAAUUUACGUGUGGCACCACGUUCUGACCACAAACAACAUAAAGUUAGCCAGAAAUGGAAAUGCGUUAUUCUAGGUGGCAAGAAAAAAAUUAGUUCAGAAUGUGUCUAUGCACCGGACGGUAAUCCUGUUUGGAACUUUGAAGCUACAUUGUAAGCUUCUAAAUUCAUAAUACUCUGUAUAGUAAAAUUGCGACUCGAGGUGAUCCUGUUGUCCUCUUAGUUUCCGAUUCUGAGGAUAAUCAUGUGGGUCAAGUGGUUGUACCCGGAGUAACAAUCUCUCCGAAGCCGACAAACCCUUCUGUUAGUGUCACAGAUAAAUCUCGAUUAUGUAUCAUGGAUAUGGAACAAACAAAAAAGACAGAAAUUGGCUUUGGGCGACUUUACUUCUGGAUUUGGGUAGAAGAGUACCGUAGCGAAGAAUCCAAAAGCAGGAGCGCGAAAGGAUCUAUCUUAAGCUUGUCGAGUUUGCAUCUUCAUAAAGAUAAACAUUCCACUCCGAAUCCAUUGAAUUAUGGUGGUAGUGUUCUUAGUUUAUCAUCAACUAAUGAUGAAUAUAAAAAAAAGAAACGAUGGUAUAAGAAAAUAGCUUCACAUCAUGCUGUACAUACACCUGGUGCUAUUCCACAAUCACAUUCACCUGUGCAUUCAAUGUUGAAUAUAACAAAGCCAAUGAAUAAUGGUUACAAUCCAUUUGAUUAUAGUCAACAAAAUCUAAAUGAUGACGAUGGAGUAAUUGAAGAAAAAGAUGGCAGUGUACUUGGAGCUUAUAGUGAAUUAACAGCCAAUUCAUUAUCAUCUUCGUCGGCAUUUGCCAUUAAUCAAUUGAAACGUCCGAAUUCAAUGCAUUCAAGUAAAAGAAAUGGUUCAAUGGUGUCAAGUGUUGAUUUGAAUAUGAAAGAUUCUAAUGAACAGUUGAAAACUAAACCGGAAUUAAUGAGAAUUGCACCAAAAUGUGGUCCAUCUUCCGGCGGCACUGAGAUGACAAUUUACUGCCGUUUCCUUACGCCUGAAAUGAUGAAACAAUCCACUGUUUUUGUCGAUGAUCAUCCAGUUCCUCAAGAUGACUGGUUUCUUUUUGAGUCAAGUCAACCUGAUCUAUCGCAGUUACGUAUUCAUAUGCCUUCAUUACAGCCCGGACGUUAUUCAAUUUACAUUGAUAGUGCAGAAUUUGGGCGUAUUCGUUGCAACCAGGAGUUUACCUACCUUCAAUCGAAUGGGAGUGUGAUCCAAUCAUCUGCAAGUAACUUAUCUGUUUCAUCAAUGAAUGAAUCAACUCAUAAAAUAAUCAAUGUUUCACCAAAAGUCAAUACAUCUACUGACGAGUCAUCUGAUCAUGGUAUUGUAUUCCAUCGAAUGGGAUCACAAAAAAGUAAUCUUAUCUUAGUUGAUCGUCGUAGUAAUAGCGGUGGCGGUCGUCAUCGUGAACAUUCCCGUCCGGAAGCAUUAGGCCGAUCAGAUUCAUUGGAUGAUACUCAUCAGUCUAAUGAUACUACCACUACCAAGAGUGAAACAAUCAAUGAUCAUGAUCCGAUUAUUGAUCCUACUACUAGUAACAGACAUACUAAUCGAAUAAUUAAUUAUCAUAUGAAUGAUUCCAAUAAAGAAUUAUCAAGUUCAGGUAAACUUUAUACUACUACUACUAAUACUACUACUAAUCCUAUUGUUAAUGAUAAUCUUAUGAAUACCAAAAAUCAUAAAUCUAUUAUUGUUGACAUGCCAAAUUAUAUUCAAUCUUCUAGUCCAGUACAUUCUCAUGAUGCUGAACAUCAUAGUGAAUUGAAAUUACCUGACCGACAUGAUGAUCAUAAUCAUUGUCAUGUUGAUGAUGAUGAUGAUGAAGAUGAUGAUGGCGAUACUGAUCACCAACAUCAUCAUCGCCAUCAUCAUCAUCCAUGCGUUUCAGUGAUAAAUGUAACGAAUAAAGAAGCAGUGAAAGAAUUAAACAAUUCUUAUAGCAUUAAUAAUCAGAAAUCCACUUCACUUUCAUCAGUGGUGAUAUUAGAUAAUGACAAUGAUGGUGAUCAAGUUGAUGAGCAGGAAAAUUUUGUCAAAAAUCAUAAAGUAGUAUCAUUGUUAGAGAAGGCAGAAAAUAAAAAAGAAAGUAAUGAAAAAACUUCACCGGAAUUCCCUGAGCACAUAUCACCUUUCAAUCCAAUUUCGGCAGUUUCCAUUGAUCAUGAUGAUCGCGUUCCUCCGUCUUCGCCUUCUCCUUCUCCGUCUUCUACUUCUUCUUCUGAUUCUGUUUCUUGUGAUGAAAAAACACAUUGUAACCAACCAAUCAAUUCAUGUUUAAAUUAUUCAAUCAGAACAAAUUCAAAUAUUCUAUCAAAAAUACCAGAAGAGUCAACCAAUCAUACAGAAGUUAAUUAUUCAUGUGAAACAGUUAAUGGGAAAGUGGAUUAUAAUAAAAAUGUCAGUCAGAUUGACAAUUGGAUUGAAGAAAAACCUAGUAAUCAAACUGCAUUGAAUAUUGAAUCUUCAGUGGAUGAAACGUAUCUAUCAUGGAUUAAGCAGCAGCAUCCUUCAUCUCCUUAUCUCCAUCAUCAACAUCAUCAUGAUUAUUGUUAUGAUCGAAAUGUUUGUGAUGCAUGUGACUUAUCCAACUCUCCAACACUAAUCACUUCCUCUUCACUAUUGUUGUUUCCUUCACAUGGCCAUGGUCAUUCUGAUUGUGAAAAUUUUCAUCCUGUUCGUCUACACAAUGAUGAUCAUUCUGAUGAUGAUGCAAUGAUAAUUAGCACUGAAACCAUUGCCGAUAUCGACUAUUUGAAGAACACUUGUUCAGUCAAUUAUCAACAUCCUCACCAAUCACCACAACAUCACCACUACCAGCAACAACCACCACUACAACAACAACAACACACAACCAUGAUGGAAGCAUCAUCAUUGCAUAAUAAUAAAUGUAAAUGUACAAACUCUCCUCCAGUCUCAUGCAUUGUUCAUCGUGAUGCACAACCAGUUCGUGUAAAAUUAUUCACUGGUCUAUUGAAUUGGAUUCGUUUAUUGUUUAAAAAUAUUUCCCAAUUAUCAUUCUCUGUAUUAUUGCCAUCGUUAUUUCGUAAAUAGACAAUGACAAUUUUAUAUUGGGCAUUGGAAGGUAAAGAAAGAGGCUAGAAGCGGUGGUGGCGGUGAAAUGAAAUGACGGCGAAGUGAAAGGAUGUGAUGAAUAAUAACCACAUCACUGACGCUUCUUUAAAUUUUCUACUUUCAAUUUGUUUUCACUAAUGAAGAAUCACGCACACACAAAUCUUCAUUAGUGGUAGAUUAUUUCGAUAUUAUUGAUCAAAGUUAAUUGCCAGUGAUAUUUAUAUAUAUAUCUUUAUGUACACAUGUGUUCGGUGGUGUUUUCACGUUUCAUUUAUUUUGUUACCUUACAAAAAGAAUCAUAAUAACAAUAAUAAUAAUAAUUCAAUCGAAUAAUGAAUUGUACUCGGUUUGUUUGUUUUCUCUCUCUCUUGUUUUUGUCAACUCUUGUAAAUGGUGAUGACCGUUGCCAUUUCUUUUUCGACAUUUCACUUUUCAAUUCAUAUUUAUUUUGUCCUUUGUAAAAAUAAAGAGGAUUAGAAAACCAAACCACGAAACAAACAAACAAAACAAGAACAUCAGACUAAAUUCGAUAACACUUUGUGAUUUAACCAGAUUACCGUCAUUGAUAUCGGUUGCAUAGGAGCAACAGCAUACUCUUCUCUUCAUCAAUGCUUUUUUUUAAAUGUUCAAUAGGAGAAAUUAAUGCUGAUGCGCCAUCAUAAGUGCAUAUUAAUUUUUGUUGAAUUUUUCUUUUUACCUAAUAACAGAUAAUUUCCUUUCAUUCUUCCUUCCUUGUUCGUUUGCUUGUUUGCUUUUGAUUUCGCUUACUUCUUCCAUGUAUUUUCUUUUUUGGACGAAACAUAUUGAUACUACUUAUUUGUUAUGACAGCAUACAUACCUGUGUGGAUGUAUGCAUGUUUAUGUGAUAGACGACAACUGCUCAAAAUAAUUGUUAUUUUACGAAUU